AUGGUUAAACGAACAUGGAACUUUGUCGACAAAUUUUCCAGUGAAGAUGAACUCCUAUCUUAUAUUGUACAAAAUACUGUAUCUAUAAAACGUACAGAAGAAAUUGAAGCUGGAAAGAAGGUCAUAUAUAGAUGUUCAAAGUAUAGAAAAUAUCCUGAAUGUGAUUUUCAAGUAAAAGUUAUUUUUUCUCAUGAUGAUGGAGUAACAGUUUCAACAUCCAAUGAACAUGAUCAUGCUCAUCAAUAUGCAACAUUUCCAUGGAAAAAAUUUGAAGAUUUUUCAAAAUGGUUCUACGCUGGUCGACUUGUUACAUUACCAAUGAUGUGCAGUUGCAAAACAAAUUUAAAAACAUAUGUAUGCAAACAUGCAGUUGGUAUUUCAAUUCAUUUUGGUUUAUAUAUUAUAUCUGAUCCAAAUAAAUUAGAAAGUUUAGGAAAACGACGUGGACGACCAAAAAAAGCAGGACCAGCUUUAUCUCGUUAA